UAUAUAAGUGAGCGAGAGAGACCACACGUCCACACAUACUCAAGUAUUGUCUGUCAUGAGAAUCCUUCUAGUGCUGCCUCUUCUCGCCGUCGCGCUCUCUCUAACAGAGGGCGUGAUGGUGUGCUACUUGGAGUCAUGGGCCGUGUACAGGCCAGGGAAGGGCAGUUUUGAUGUAGAGGACGUUGAUCCCAAGAUCUGCUCUCACCUCAUCUUUGCCUUUGCCGGACUUGGCUCCAAUUCGAAAAUCAAGGUUUUGGACCCGUGGCACGAACUGUGUAAGGACUACGGAGAGUGUGCCUACAACAGGUUCACCGCUCUCAAGGAGAAGAAUUCCGCAUUGGUCACAACCUUGGCCAUCGGUGGCUGGAAUGAGGGUUCGACCAAAUACUCCAAUAUGGCUAUGGAUCCCGCCAAGAGGAAGACCUUCAUCGACUCCUCCAUCGCCCUGUGCAAGGAUCACAAAUUCGACGGUCUAGACCUCGACUGGGAGUACCCAUCCAUGAGAGGCGGCAAGCCUCAGGACAAGCAAAACUUCGCUACCCUACUCUUGGAGAUGUCGGACUCCCUGCACUCCAACGGGAUGAUCCUGACGGCCGCCGUGUCUGCCGGAAAGGAUAAGAUCGAUGGUGGAUACGAUGUACCUAAGAUGGCCCAAGCUCUCGACAUUAUGAACCUCAUGACUUACGAUCUUCACGGUGACUGGGAACCCUUCGUCCACCACCAGUCUGGACUGUACCCUUAUCCCGAUGACACCGGCGAUAAUAAGAACCUUAACGUCGACUUCGCCGUGAACUACUGGAUGGAGAAAGGAAUGCCCAGCUCCAAGAUCGCCCUGGGUGUGCCCCUCUACGGUAGAUGCUGGACCCUGGACGACGCCUCCAAGACAGACUACUACUCACCAGCCAGCCAACCAGGAGAGGCUGGACCCUGGACUGAGGAACCGGGCAUGUGGGGAUACAACGAGAUCUGCUACGCGCAGACGACGCACCCCGACCAGUGGACCAUCAAGACAGCGCCAGGCAUGAACGAACCUUACGCCUACCGUGGUAGGCUGUGGUGCUCCUACGAGAACCACACCUCCGUCGCUAUUAAGGCUAGCUACGCCAAGGAACACAACCUGGCAGGCAUGAUGGUGUGGAGUAUCGACACUGACGACUUCCGCGGCGACUGUAACGCUCGUCCUUAUGACCUCAUCAAGACCAUGGUGGAGACCUUCUCUGGCGGUAUCAUCACCGUUCCCCCUCCACCUCCCACCACCACCAGGGACCCGAGCGCACCGACUGAGCCCACCACGAGCACCACCACCACUACUACCACCACCGUUAAGCCGCCUCCUGACGAUGUGUGCACUGAGCCCGGUAACAACGCUGACCCCAAUGACUGUACCCACUACUAUGAGUGUGCUCCGAAUGGGUCAGGGGGAUAUGAUGCUACGGAAGAGAAGUGUCCCGCCGGCACUCUCUUCUCCCCCACCAACCACCUCUGUGACUGGGCCAAGACUGUGUGUGCAGAAGGAAAUGUCUGCGUCAAUGACUGCGCCUAAUACACCAACACUACCAUCGGGUCACAAGCACUAACUGACUGAACCUCUACAGGAUCAAACAGGCACAAGUGUAACUGAUGAUUUGUUUUGAAAGAAAUAAAACAAAUUACGAUUAAA